AUGAAGUUCAAGUAUUUUAUUCUUCUUGCCCUUGUUGCUCUUUUUGUGUUUUCAUCUGUUUUGGCAGAUGAGCAUCAAAAUGAAAUAAAAGGUGAGGAGCCGAAAGAGAUCAACCAAGGUGGCAGAGGCGGCGGCGGUGGUGGUGGUUAUUGCGGCGGUAGGUAUUGCUGCGGAGGGUGGGGCCGAUAUGGCUGCAACCGUUACUGCUGCCGCCAGUCGGAAAAUGGCAAGGAUGAAAAAAUGGAACUAGAAGGUGGAGGCGGUGGUGGGCCCGGCGGAGGUUAUGGUGGCGGAGGGUACGGUGGUGGAGGAUAUGGUGGUGGAGGAAAAGGCGGUGGAGGUUACGGUGGUGGAGGUUAUGGUGGCGGAGGGCAUGGAGGUGGAGGAUACGGUGGUGGAGGCAAAGGCGGUGGAGGAUACGGUGGUGGAGGUUAUGGUGGCAGCGGGCAAGGCGGAGGAUAUGGCGGAGGAUACGGCGGAGGCGGCAAAGGUGGUGGUGGAGGAUAUGGUGGCGGCGGGCAAGGCGGAGGAUACGGUGGUGGCGGCAAAGGUGGCGGAGGAUACGGCGGUGGCGGCAAAGGUGGCGGAGGAUACGGUGGUGGUGGCAAAGGUGGCGGAGGAUACGGUGGCGGCGGAGGGGGACCCGAAGCAACAAAUAAUUAG